UAAUCUUGGCGUUAUAGGCGGGAAUCGAAGACAUCAGGGCAAAAAACACCGUAGUGCCCUGCGAGUGACCCACAUAGUGGAUGGCAUCCUGACCCUCACCAUUUUCCGUCCUCAAGGCGUAAUCAAUAAUAGCCGAAAUAUCGUAGAUGGCGAUCUCAUGCCAACUGAAUUGCCAGAACAAUGGAUGAUCCGUGGAGAGAGUUGUGUGAUUUCUAGAAUAGGAAGUACCCCGAGCAUUGCCCAUCCACACAUCAUAUCCCGCAUCCGCCAGCAAGUAUGGCAGACUAUCAUUAGGUCCUUGCAAUAUCCAGGCAUCCGAACAGCUCGUCAAACCAUGUUGAAGAAGGACAAUGGGUCGCUUUGCGUUCUGGUUCUGCAACUUAUGGGAGUAGGGAAUACGGAAUACUCCCAGGAUGUAACCAUCUUCGGUUAUAAUAUGAUGAUGCUCCGAAGGAUAUCCAUGCGCGGCAGUGCGGUCAGCCUAGAAAUAAAAUAAUAUAUUAAGAUCUAUUAUUUCAAACCAAUUACCCUUUGAAAUUUGAGCCUACCGUGGUUGCUUUUCCCUUGAAACUAACAUGCGCCUCAGGAUUAUCGUACAGUUUGUAGAAAUCAAUGGGUCCUUCUAUAGCCGCGGAAUAAACUCCCACGACCAAAACAGCCAGGAUAAGUAAGCUAGCCGUAGAUCUUCUCAUUAUACCUAUGUUUCCGAUGGUUCGAUGCCAACUGACUGCUGGCAAACACAUGACUUUCAGCUUUUGUAGAGGUCCACGGGUGGUUCAGUUUCAAGUAGCUCUUACUAUCGGUGGUCGAUUAUUUAUAUUUAAACUGUCGAGAUAAUCCAUAAAGAAUAGAAGGCGCCAAUCUUAAAGAUAUAAAAUUCGGAUUUAAAAGAUUGCUAGCUUAUAAUGAUUUGGAAUGAAAUAAGGAAACAACAUAUGAUACCUCUUUAAAAACCAUUAAACUACAUAAAAAGUAUUUUUACCAUAUUAAAAAGUAAUUAUUAUUUAUAACUUUUAAGUUUUAUUGUAUUUUUAAAAAAAAAUUUAAUUUUUGAAUAUUGUUAAAAUGUUAACAUAUUUAAUUUGGUUUUCCAACUGAUAUAAGUAAAUGAUUUUUAAACAUAACAACAAUAAUAAUAACUAUUCCCCUAAUCAAAACCAAACACGUCACUUGGCGCGCUUCAAUAAGCUUUCUAACUUAUCGGCUACUUAAGCUACUUGAAGAACAUUUUUGAUAAUCUAAAUAAAGGGUUACCCCCAUCAACUGUAUUAGAUUAUAAUGCCAUUUCUAGUUAGAUCUAAAGAGCAGUAGUCGUAUAUUUUACGAGUCCUACCUGCAAAUGUGAAAUUUGUUUUUUGAUAACAAGAGUCGGCUAAGAUCUAAUGAAUAAAAUACCCACAUGGAGGAAGUUAAUGUCGAGUAUGAAGUGCAAAUCUGAUGAAGUGAGUCUACUUAUUAUUGUCUAAGCUGCAUCCGUUAGUGAUAAGAUAUAUACAAAUGUGAAUUAAAUAUAAAGAAGUAAUUCUAAGGAUUGGAACUAUGUCCAUAUCACUUCGCCUCGUACUCGUUCAAGAUGGCUGUUAUCGGAUCAUUGAUGUACUGACACACCUCCCAGUUGGUUGCAAAGUCCAUAUGAUCCUAAAGUGGAUCCUCCAAAUGGUACAUUACCUUGUUGGGGAGAGUUUCAGCCACCCUGAGGACAUCUUCUACCGCAGACAUUUCGUCGCUGUCCCCAUACCAAAGAUGCAUCUCGGUUCUAAUCAGCUGAGUGGAAUAAUCGGGUGGGGUUUCCGCUCCAUAUACCCUUAGAUUCUUCUUGGUGCCGAAGUCAAACUGACGGAAGCGUCCCGACUGAUGCUCCUGCAUAUAGUGCAGGAUUUGAUCUGUGGAUGCACCAGCGAUAUUACGGAGUCGGCGGUCUUUAAGAAAAUAUUUAAUUAAUUUUUUGGGAAGUUGGGACCUCCGCACGAUCCAAUUCGCUAGGGAGAGGGACACCUUGGACAACCAGUGGAAUAUGUGUACUAAAAAUGUUUCCCAUGCGGACAUUGCCCCCUUUGGGAGUUUCCCCAGAAUUUCCAAUGCAACCCAGCGGAUUAAAUUAGUUUAUUUUCAUUUUUCAAGAUAAGAAGAACUCAAGCGGCUAAGUUCAGUAUCAAAAAGGUAUAAUUCCGCUACUACUUGUAGAAAAAAGUUUUUGUGGGAGGGAAGUUUUAUUUAAUACCUCCACUUCAGUUAAGGAGCAAUUAAAUGGUUCAUUUAGAUAAUCGAUUGCCGGGUGGUGUUCUUUAUAAGAACCAGGUUUGCCCUAUUUUGCCAGUAGUUCAUUCGCAAAAUGUCUAGAUUCCACAUCGGUGUCUACACUGCCUUAGUGGUCAGUUUUCUGGGAACAAUUGUCCUAGGUGCUCCUCUUUCUAACGAAGGGGAUCCUGCGGAGGUUACUAACUUUUAUGAACGGUUUAAUAACCCCGAUGCACAUCUUUCUUUAACCCAUGCUCCAGACACGACAUAUUUUAUCCAGGAGCAUGGUUACCCAGCGGAGCGUCAUUAUGUGACCACUGAAGAUGGCUAUAUUAUCAGUCUGUUCCGAAUUCCCUAUUCCCACAAUUUAAAGAACCAGGAUGAGAAGAAACCAAUUGCCUUUAUGCAGCAUGGACUCUUUGGCAGCUCCGAUGCCUGGCCAAGUUUGGGACCGAAUGAUGCCCUUCCUUUCCUGCUUUCCGAUGCAGGAUACGAUGUUUGGCUGGGCAAUGCUCGGGGAAACAGAUACUCCAGAAACCACACAUCCCGCUCCACAGAUCAUCCGGACUUCUGGCGUUUCAGUUGGCACGAGAUUGCCUAUUUCGACAUCGCUGCUGCCAUUGAUUAUACCUUGUCCACGGAUAAUGGAAAGGGUCAGGAGGGAAUCCACUAUGUGGGUCACUCGCAGGGGACCACCGUCAUGUUUGUCCUGAUGUCUUCGAGGCCGGAAUAUAACAAGAAAGUUAAGACGGCUCAUAUGCUGGCCCCUGUGGCCUUUAUGGAUAACAUGGAAAACAUCCUGGUCCAUUCCUUGUCUCCAUACCUAGGAUUUAACAACAUUUAUUCAACGCUUUUCUGCUCUCAAGAGUUUUUGCCCUACAAUGAUUUCGUGCUAGCUCUCAUGUACAGUGUUUGUCUUCCGGGAUCGAUUGUUUACAGUUUUUGCAGCAGCAGUGAGGAAACCCCUGUGAACCAAGGAAGAACUAAUUCUACCGCCAACUCUGUGAUAUCGGGAGCCAUGCCUGCUGGUGUCUCCACGGAUCAGAUCCUCCACUACAUGCAGGAGUUUCAAUCGGGACACUUUCGUCAGUAUGACUUCGGCACCAAGAAGAAUCUGAAGAUAUAUGGAACCGAGGCACCACCCGAUUACCCCACUGAACUCAUUACAACCGAGAUGCAUCUUUGGUACUCGGAUAAUGAUGAUAUGUCUGCCGUGGAAGAUGUCCUCAGGGUGGCGGAAACUCUCCCCAACAAGGUGAUGCACCAUAUGGAGGACCCACUGUGGGAUCAUGGAGACUUCGCUAACAAUUGGGAAGUACGUCAGUACAUCAACGAUCCGAUUAUAGCCAUCAUGAACGAGUACGAAACUAGAUCAGAGUCUAACUCUGUACAGUAGUUUAGUUUGCAAGUUAUCGUAAUUUAUAAUUAUGUAAAUAAGAACAAAAACCCAGCCAUAUCUUAUCUUUAACGGAUGCAACUUAGACAACCACAAGUGGACUCACUUCAUUGUUGAACAAGGUCUACCAGAUUUGCACUUCACACUCGACAUUUAUUUCAUCCAUAUCCAUAUUCAACUCAUUAGAUCCUAGCCGACUUCUGUAAUCAAAAAGAAAUUUUCCCAUAUAGAAGUGGUGGUUGUAAAAUAUAUAACUACGCCUCGUUAAAUCUAUAAAUGGCUUAAUAGUCGGGGGGGGUAAAUUCUUUUAGAUUAGACCGUUAGAUUAUCAAAAUUUGUUCAAGUGCCUUAAAUCGGUGAUAAGUUAAGGUGACACGAUUAGUUCUUUGAAUUGCCGGGUCUAUUCUCGGAAACGUAAAUUCAUUUAUGACACACGCCCAGUGAGUUGAUUAUGAAUAAAAAAGGAGGUAAAAACCCACUGAUAUAGUAACUGAGAUUUAACGUGGUUACAAACUGAAAACAUACGAACGUUUUUAUAAAAAUAAAUAAAAUUUGUAUUUCCAAUAAAUUAGUA